AUGAAAUUACUUCUGUCUAUUGCGGUGUUUAUCACACUCCUGGUUUCCAUAUUCAGCAUAAAUAUUGUAAAUGCUGAGAAGAAAAGCAUGGUGCAGCAGAGUGCACAGGUAGACAUGCCUCUGUCUGAAUAUGCGUUCAAAAUGCUUAAAACGUCUUCGAAUGAGAUUGAAGACAGUGAUGAAUCCAUCUCGCUUAGCAUUCCAAAUGAAACAGAUGAAGGCAUUCUGCGCAGUAUGCAAAGUGAUUCUCCAGCUAAAAAAACUGCAAACCAGAGCGAGAAGAAGUCUCAGCACAACUUUAUUUGUGAGAAUAGCAAACUAAAUGCGAAUGGAAUAGCUUUUUUCACAGGGCCGUGGGACAUUGAGAGAUUUGAAGAAGAUGUUUGGAGAAUAUUCAAUGCUAACAAGAACAGCUCCUGCUCACAUCAGAUGCGUGAUAACGUAAGAGUACUGGAAUCCCUGGAGAAAACGCUUGAGAUAAAGGAAGAGCUGGACACAGAAAUGACAAGCAGCAUACAAGAGAUGGAAAAGUUUCUCAAAAGCCCAAAGAGCAGUGAGAUAAAAAACAUCACAAGGAAUAGUUCAAACAUACUCAAUAGACUAAAUGGCUACAGAGAAUGUGAGCUAAACAGUGUUCGAGAGAGUCUAAAAGAAUACGAGAGCAAAGCAAAAGAAAACAUAAAAAAUACGUGCUAUUUAGAAAACGUCCAUUAUUUCUUCUACAGCAUAGAAGAAGGCAUGUAUAAUAUGAAUAGAAUCAUAAAAAACCUUACAAAAUACAUGCUAGGAGGAACCUUUCAUCUCAACAAUUAUUUCAAAUGUUCUAAACAUAAUGCAGCUUUAGGUGAGGAAAUGGUAGAAACACUUAACCUUCACUAUAAUGUUGACUACAACAGGCUAAAAAGUUUGUUUCUUAGUUUCGAUGAUGCACUAAUGCAGCACAAGCUAUGUUUAGAAGGAUACACUGACUGCAUUGGCCAAGUAAUAACACUUUCUAGAACAGAAAACAAAAUAACAGCAGAAAAGUCCAUAGCUAUAAUCCGAGAUGUCUUAAAGAUUGAGAAAGAGUACUUAAUGUGCAAAGAGAUAAGAGACAUAAGAAACAAAAUGAAAGAGAUGCUCAAGGAUGAACUAGGCUCUUCUGGCGCUAGGGGCGUAAUAGCAAGUGGCCAUUAUUGGGUUGCUAAUCUAAUUUCCAUUAUUUCUGUGUUAUUAAGCUGUGGAAUUAGUGCUCGCUGA